GGAAGACCUCAGUCCUUGGGGGCCCAGGGAACAGCAACUGUGCUUUGAACUUUAGACCUUGUUGAGACAUAGCCCCAUUUUUUUUCCUCCCUCAAACCAGGAUCCUUGACAAUAAGGUUUUUGCUUUUGAAAGCAGAUUCCACAAUGUUGGAUGUUUCCAGAUAACAAAGGUCUGCCCAAAAGACCUUGCGUGUCAGGCAAUUAAUUAAUGCAAACAGCUAUUGCAACUUUUAGAUUCCAUUGUUUUUGAGGGUUUUGUUUUGUUGUUUUCGAGACAAAAAGAGAGUCUUGCUAUGUAGCCAGGGCAUAUGUCACUGUCACUGGUACUUUUGAGGUUUCUUUUUUUUUCUUUGGUGCCAGGGAUUGAACUCAUGACCUCGUGUUCGCCAAGCAGGCACUUAUGCCACUGAGCUAAACCCCCAGCCCACUUUUGAGGUUUCUGCAGUUUAGUUCCUACUGCCAUUCCCGAUCUAGGCACAAGUCUUGGUACUUGGCCAUAUCCUUUCAUUUUCUAAUCAGUAAUCACAUGUUAAUCUCUCAUCCUUGGACUUCAUCACUAGCAUUACCAUUACCAUUUGGUUUCAUUGUGGCCUGCUGGGUUUUUGUUUUUUGAGACAGAGUUUUGCUAUGCAGUUCAGGCUGACCUUGAACUCACAGCAAUCUUCUUGCCUCAGCCUCCAGUGUGCUGGAAUUACAGGCAUGCAGCACCAAGCCCAGCUUGUCCAGCCCUUGGUAAUCACUGACCAUCACUGCUGUGCUCAGUUGCCAGUGGUGAUUUUAACACUGCCUUUGGGCUGCUGGUGGACCUGAUGUGGGUUUCUCCACUACAGCUGCUGUUAGGUUAUAAAUUUGCAAAGAGUUUUUCCGUAUAACUUUAGGUGUAGAACUCACAGCUCCCAUGCAGUAUUCCAUUAUGACAGCAUACUGGCAUAGCUCGGCUUUUCUGGUCUCUCUACAGUACUCCAAGGCCUCCACAGGACUUUCUGUGGGUGGGAUUCGUCAGCAGUUCUCACUGCCUCAGAACGUCCAGCUCUCCCUCUUUGCAAUCGACUUUCUACGCAACAUCAAUGAGCACUUAGCUGUGGCCGAUGCCCCUCCCGUGGACCUCCAGUUUAACCCCUCGGGUUACCUUUUGCUUGCUUCAGAAGAGGGUGCUGCUGUCUUGGAAAGCAAUGUGAGGAUGCAGAGGAAGGGGCCAAAAUUUGUCUGAUGUCCCCUGCGCAGCUGCAAAAGAAGUUUCCCUGGAUAAACGUGGAGGGCGUGGCCCUGGCAUCUUAUGGGAUGGAGAACGAAGGUUGGUUUGACCCCUGGUCUCUGCUUCAGGGGCUUCGGCGAAAGGUUCAGUCCAUGGGAGUCUUCUUCUGCCAGGGAGAGGUGACACGUUUUGUUACAUCAUCAAGCCGCAUGAGGACCUCCGUUGGGGAGGAGGUGAACUUGAAAAGAAUCCACGAAGUCCACGUCAAGAUGGACAACAGCCUGGAGUACCAGCCAGUAAAAUGUGCCAUUGUGAUCAACGCCGCGGGAGCCUGGUCCGGGCAGGUUGCGGAGCUGGCCGGGGUCGGGAAGGGGCCGCCGGGCACCCUGCAGGGCACCAAGCUACCUGUGGAGCCGAGGAAAAGGUUUGUGUACUUGUGGCACUGCCCCCAAGGGCCAGGCCUGGAGACGCCCCUGAUUACAGACACCAAUGGAGUGUAUUUCCGCCGAGAAGGACUAGGCAAAAACUACGUAGGUGGCCGAAGCCCCACAGAGGAGGAGGAACCUGACCCAGCCAAUCUGGAAGUGGACCAUGAUUUCUUCCAGAACAAAGUGUGGCCCCAUUUGGCGCAGCGGGUGCCAGCAUUCGAGAGUCUCAAGGUCCGCAGCGCCUGGGCUGGCUACUAUGACUACAACACCUUUGACCAGAAUGGCGUGGUGGGCCCCCACCCACUAGUGGUCAACAUGUACUUUGCUACGGGCUUCAGCGGCCAUGGUCUCCAGCACGCCGUGGGCGUGGGGCGAGCUGUGGCUGAGAUACUGCUGAACGGCCACUUCCAGACCAUCGACUUGACCCCCUUCCUCUUCAGCCGCUUCUAUUUGGAGGAGAAGGUCCUGGAGCAGAACAUCAUCUGAGCAUGUGCACUCCACACUGGCCCCACUGCCAGGUCUUCCCAGCAGUGCGCCAGGCCUUGUUCCCUGGCCCACCACCCUCUUUUUUUUUUUUUUUUUUUUUUUUCGUUUUUAUUGGUACCAGGGAUGGAACUCACGACUGCCUGCUUUCAAGGCAGGCACUUAUGCCACUGAGCUAAAUCCCCAGCCCCUGGUCCACCGCCCUCAAUCUGGCUGGGCAACCCAGUCACAGAGCCCCAUGCUGGCAGCGAGCGGCAGGGCGGGACCCUUGGCCUGAGCCCCUGCUAGGCUGACAUCUCCCAAGGUGGCCCUGGCCCAGAUGCACUGACUUGUCAGCCCUAGUUGUUGAUCCAUAAAUGUGAUGAACCCUUUCA